AUCCAGUUCCGGUUUACAGGACCAAUCGCUGAUCUACCGCGCGCAAUUUGGUGUUUGUGUACACUGCUUUGUACAGAAUUUUCACAUUUCAUUAGAACUAAUGAAAAACUGGACAGUCAUAUGUGAAGUUUUAUAAACCCAAAGAAGUGAUGGCUAGAUUAGAAGUGUCUACACCAAGUAGACAUGAGUGAUCUGUCUGACAGUUCCAGUAGACAAUCCUUCAGCAGUGGAGAAGAUUCAAGCGAUUCGGAGUUAGUUGAUCACGACUACAACAGUCACAUCUUUGCAGCUAAGAAAGUAAUUAAUAAAGGAAGGUGGUCAACAGAGGAGGACGAAAAAUUGCGUAACUUAGUGGAGGUAAAAGGGGACUCUGACUGGAAGCUAGUAGCCAACUAUUUUUUUGAUCGGUCAGACAUCCAGUGCCAACACAGGUGGUGUAAAGUACUCAACCCAAAUCUCGUCAAAGGUGCCUGGACCAAAGAAGAAGAUGAAAAAGUAAUUAAGCUUGUGAGAGAAAUUGGAGCAAAGCAUUGGACCCAGAUCUCUAAGCAUCUUCAGGGUAGAACUGGAAAACAGUGUCGAGAGAGGUGGCAUAAUCAUUUAAAUCCAGAAAUCAAGAAGUCAGCCUGGACUAGAGAAGAGGACAUACUAAUAUACCAACUUCAUAGGUCCUUGGGCAACAGAUGGGCAGAAAUAGCCAAGUAUUUACCUGGAAGAACUGAUAAUGCAAUAAAGAAUCACUGGAACUCUACAAUGAAGAGGAAGUAUGAGGAGAGGAUCCCACCCCCUGACUUUACCGGGACAUACCCUGGUCCUGUGGUCAGUGGGCAGCCCUGCACCCCCAGUAAUUCUGCUGUGCCCUCACUCCAGCCCGUACAGCUGUUCCCAAACUCAAAGGUCGGCCAGGACGCAGUUACUGCUCUUGUGUCUGGACAAGAUGUACCGCAGAUGGCAGUGUUGAAAGUUGUUCCGAAUGGACGGAAUGGAUCAAAUAGAAAGACUCCAUCCAAGUUUACUUCACUAUAUUCAAAAGAGUACAGAUUUGAUGGGAAAGCAAUCAAGAAGUUGAAGAGUCCCGGGCGUCUGAUUCCCAUCCCUUCCUCUGUCACCUCCAAGUUUUCCGCUGUUCCGUCCAUUUUAAGACGGGGGCGAUCAAGACGCAAGAGACCUGUCAAAAUGAAUCGGGCUCUAAAGAAGAGAAAUAUCAUAAACAUUACCAAGAGACACUUUCUGCAAACGAAUGACCUAGAUACAGCCUUCCGCGAUGAGACAGAGACGAGUGACACAGAAAACAUUGAGCCAAUCAGUCUCCCGUUCAUGUCUUACAAGGAGCAGCCCAAAGACAUCGUAGAAUUAGAACAAGGAGUUAUUCUGACAGAAAUCAAUCCAGAAGACAUUGAUAAUGACCCGGGGAAAGGAAAUGACUCCUUGUUAGAGGCCCUUACUCCAAAUGGAACUCCAAUAAAAAGUUUACCGUUUUCUCCUUCCGUGUUCCUCAACAGUCCUGACAUUCCGAUUGGACGUGUAACUUCUACACCGGUGUGCACCCAGCGUGAGGCCGCCACCCCCACCUGUAUGUCCCAGGGUAUUGCUGCCUGCACAGUCCAAACCAGGUCUGCCAACUGCACCCCAAGAAUUAGACGAACACUACUGAAUGCCUCCCCCAGAACACCCACUCCUUUCAAGGAUGCCAUGGCCGACAAAAAGAACAAAAUCAGUGAAGUGCCAGAGGAUGCAUGUAUUUUAAACAGAGAAGACAAUAAGCUGACAUAUACACCAGAAAACCUUCAACUGGAACUCAGAAAACAAGCACCAGCAACCCUUCAAAAGGCACAGCCUAAACAUAGAAUGAGAAAAUGUCUAGCCACAAGAUGGCUGUCACCAAGGAGAGAGACAAGUUUCCAAGGAGAGAAACCUGUGGUGAUGUCUCCAGAAACACCUAGUAAAUCUUUACAAAAUGAUGCCAGUGUGCUGUUUUCACCUCCUUCUAUCAUCAAGGACACAUUACCAGAGGAAAUAUUGGAAGAAAUGAAAUCGCCUCCCAAACAGAAAAAUAAGAAUAUUCUGGUUAGAAAGUCCAGCAGAAAAAUUCAGUUUGCAGAACCUGAGCCACAGGACAUAACAAAAUUGAAUACAGAAUUUGUGAGGAUUGCUUGUGGAAGAACAGAUGAUGAGAUACUAAUGAUUGAUUAUGCUAGGAGCAUUGUUAGAACUUCAUCUUUUCCAUAAGCCAUAACUACCAGUGGGAGGAGAGAGAGAGAGGAGAGAGAGAGAGAGAGAGAGAGAGAGAGAGUACGAGUACAUAUUAAAGUUACAAGUAACCUAGUAACCUUAUAUUCAAUAGUAUAGUUCCUUUUAUAGUUAUAAAUGAAAUAUUAUUGUACAUGAACAAGGCAGGAAAAGGAAUGAGCAAGCUACAGGUUUUGAAAAACGUAAUAAGGUAAAAACUAACUCCCAGUCAGAAUAUUUAAUGUUGUCAAAAACCAUUGUUACAUUUAUCUUUUAUCGGUAUAUAUACAUGUACUUAGAUUUAGUUAUUUAUUUGUAGAUUUUGAUUUAGUUUUGUAUCGUGGUUUGUGAUGGCAUCUUUAAUAUCUUAUAUUCUAGCAAAUUAGCAAGUUUAAAAGUAACCGAUACAUAGGAAAGGAGAGUGAGAUUUAAAGGUGGACUACUUACUUAUUACAGGUAUUUUUUAAUGUAUGUUACAUUGCAUUAAGAGAAGAUGCUGAGCUGUAGCUUUUUAUAUGGAUAAUAUCAGUGUCUUCUUGUGGCCAUGAAUGAAGAUGUUCUGAGUGGCAGAUUACUUAUUACAUGUUGUUUUUGUAAUCUAUAUUGUACUGUGAAAUACAGUUGUACAUGUACAAGAAAAGACAUACAUGUAUUUACAAAUGAGUAAAAUUUUUUUUUACAUGGUUACAUGCAAUAUGACAACCAUUGAACAUUUUUUUGUUUAAUAAAAUUUAAAAAUGAAUGUGCUAAUGAAAACCUGUGGAUGUAGAAAUAUACUUUAGAGGAAAACUUGGAAGUUGUGUUUAAAAUCUUAACCAUCAGAAGGUCAAUACAAAACCAACCUGAUUUUGCAAAAAGACUCUUGUGCACCAUAGCCUUAUUACGGUAUUCCACAGGAAUUAGAUUGAGGUUUUAAAUUUUUUUUUCAAACAAAGUAGAUUUCCAUGUUGACUUGUCUUUCUGCCUGUUAUAAAUUACAAUGUGCUAUGUGUAAAAAACUGUUUUUGUCUUGUGAAUGUUUAUUUAUGUACAUUUGUUGAUUUCUUUUGUUUUGAAUUAUUUUGAGUUUGUUUAAAAAAUUGAAGUACAUUUCAACAAUGAUUGAUGUACAGCAUGUAGAUGGUACAAUAAAACUCGAUAAACAAU